GUCUGAUUGUACACCCCACUUAACUGUACAAGAAUAUGUCCAAGCGAUCAGUCUUUGACUAUGGACCGUACUUCCAAUUGCUGAGAAACAUUUCCUACGACAGAGAAGGUCAUGCUACAGCCAUGCUGGCAGCUAGAGAUUAUACCUCAACCAUGCCGUAUGCUCUAGAAGAUCCGUGCGUGGUUCAUCCAAGCACUCUGGACGCAGUUUGUCACCUCCAGAUGGUCGCCUUGUCCCAAGGCGGUUGGAAUGCCGUCCCGACGAUGAUGUUCUCUCAUCUGCGAAAGCUGUGGGUAUCACAGAGACUUUUUGAGGCGCCUGGAAAUCUGCAGCUGCGAGCUGCAACUCAAGAGACUAUGCGAGCUUUCCGAGAAGCUGAGUGUAGGACGCUGGUCACGUUCGCUGAUUCCAACGAACCCGUUCUCGUCCUUGACGGCCAGCGGGGCACCGCCAUCACAAGUCUCAAGUCAGCCGACGCUGCUACUUCUCAUGGCGAAUCGGGUCAAAAUUUCUAUGGUCUCGACUACAAGCCCGAUUUGUCUCUUCUAGAUGCAAAGGCCAAGAGUCGAUACUUCGCGUCUGCCUUCAAAGAGGAUCCUCGAUGCCGCGCCCCUCCGAAAGAGCUCAUCGACCGUGCCGACGCCAUUGCUCUGCACUUCAUCGAGACGGCUCUGAAGCAAGUUGACAAAGAAGACGAGCCGCUUCAAUUUGAUAAUCACUUGACUCGACAUGUCAAGUGGAUGCGACGUGUGCACCAGAGUCGGGAUACCUGGACAUUAGACUCUCGGGGCUUAAGUCACUUGAGUAUCCAGGAGAUCUUGGAUGAAGCCGACAGCGAACCUACCCAGAGACUCACCAAGAAGGUUGGCGAGCAUCUGCACAGCAUCCUCAAGGGAGAAGCAAACGCGCUGCAGGUAAUCUUCGAGGGCAAUCUUGCCAACGAGUUUUACCACUCCGACAUCUUUGCUACGAAUAACAGCAAGAUGGAAGCGUACAUCAAUGUCCUAGCCCAUGCGAAUCCAAAACUUCGCGUGUUGGAAGUCGGAGCUGGAACUGGGAGCUCAACCGGUCGGAUCCUCCCUUACCUGGCUGCACAGGGGGUUGAAGGUGGUCCCCCUGAGGCUGUGCGCUUCGGCGAGUACUGCUACACAGAUAUCUCUGCUGGCUUUUUUGAGAAGGCGCCCGAGCGUUUCUCUUACGCGGCAAGCCAUAUGACGUUCAAGAAGCUAGACCUUGAGAAGCACCCUGAUACCCAGGGGUUUGCUGAAGGAACUUACGAUGUUGUGGUUGCAGGUAACGUGCUGCAUGCCACAAGCGACUUGAUUCAGACACUUCGAUAUUUCAGAGGACUCCUACGACCUGGCGGGGUGCUUGCUUUGGGAGAGACGGUCAAUUUGGACAAUGUCCGCGAUGGUCUCAUCUUUGGCCUUUUGCCUGGCUGGUGGCUGCGGGAGGGGCAGUGGUGGUCCACAGAUCAGGAGUACCAAGACCAGGGCCCUCUCCUAACGGAAGAGCAAUGGGCCACAGUUCUCAAGGACGCUGGUUUUCCGGGCAUUCAAAUGGCUUUCCGCGACCACGAACAGAAGCCAUAUCACCGAGUCUCCAUCAUUAUCACUACUCGCCCGGAGAAUGAGAGUCUCUCAAGUCAGCCGGCCGGGGUCGAGUCGCCCUACAAGAUCGUUGUAGACCCUACCUCUGCUACCCAGACCUGUACAGCUGAAUCUCUUCGGAGUUAUCUCAUCCAAGGAGUCCAAACUAUGGGGGUUGAAAUCUGCAGCAUGUCGAGCAUAGCGCCAGGAGACACCAAGCUCACUAGAGAUGACGUGGUCGUCAGCUUGUUAGAGCUAGAUGAUUCCGUAUUGUCAUCUGUCACCGCAAACGAGUUUGAGGCGAUCAAGAAAAUUUGCCUCGAUACAAGAUUCACGUUGUGGUUGACGUACGGAGGGGCUCCCAAGGCCACCAAUUCUGCGGCGGAGGUCGCCAUCGAAUUUGGUCGGAGUGUCUGUUCAGAAAGAGGAGAUCAAGGCUUCGUGACCUUGAAUCUAUCCUCCCGGUCUGAGAGCCCCACCGCUGUCACAAGUGCAGUUGAAAGCAUCAUGCGUGUAGUCGAAAGAUUGGGCCACGCUUCUUGUCCUGGCACCGACAACGAGUCUGAGUUCUCCGAAGAUGAUGGCUUGAUUUGUAUCCCUCACCUCAUGCCGGCUCCUCAUAUGGAUCAAGCCCUCUUCGCGAAGCAAAGUGGUGAUAGGCUCAAGUCGUGCACAUUCAAUGGAGAGAGGCCGAAGCCACACAUCAGUAUCACCAUUGAAACCCCUGGACUCCUUGGUACCAUCUUCUACGUCGAGGACGCCGAGGCUGGCAAGAACCUCCAGCCAGGUGAUGUCGAGAUCGAGGUCAAGGCGACUAGCAUGAACUUCAAGGAUGCCAUGAUCGCUCUCGGGCAGAUUCCCGGGCGAAGCUUCGGAUUUGAUGGUGCCGGCAUCGUUUCCAGAGUUUCGCCGGGAAGCCAACUUCGGCCAGGCGAUUCCGUGCUGUUCUGCAGCUCGACUGGAGGAGGCUUCGGAACAUAUGUGCGCUGCCCCGAGCUACAAACCGAGAAGCUUCCUGUGGGCAUGUCAUUCCAAGUGGCUGCAGCGAUUCCUGCCGUGUGGUCCACGGUGGUCCCGGGCGAGACUGUCCUUAUCCAUGCAGCUGCUGGAGGUGUCGGACAGGCAGCCGUACAACUCGCUCAACUUCGAGGUGCCAAGAUCUUUGCAACCGUGGAGAGUCAAACAAAGCGUGAGCUUGUGAAGCAGCUGUUUGGACUUUCGGACAUUCAAAUCUUCAACAGCCGUGACGACACCUUUGCCCAAGAUGUGCUUCAUGCAACUGGGGGUCGAGGAGUUGACGUUGUGCUCAACUCCCUAGGCGGCGAGCUCCUUCGCCAGUCUUGGGAAUGCAUCGCACCCUUUGGCCGCUUCAUCGACAUUGGCAAAGCGGAUAUUAUCGCCAACAAUACGCUCCCAAUGGGCCCAUUCAAUCGCAACGUGGCGUUUUUUUCCGUCGAUCUGGUCGUUGUUCAUGAAGAGGUGAAGCCACUCAUGAAAAAGAUCCUGCAGGAUGUUACACGGCUGUUCGAGGAGAACCUCCACCUACACGAACCCAAGCCGCUUCACACCUUCUCGCCCUCGAAGCUUGAGGAUGCAAUGCGUUCCUUGCAGGGCGUUAAGAAUACUGGCAAGGUCAUCAUUGACUACGCUUCCGCGACCGACACGGUGGAGUAUCGACCUUCACAACGUCAACACAGAUACAACUUCGAAGCGAAUGCCACGUACGUUAUCAGCGGCGGCUUGGGUGAUCUUGGUCGCGAGAUCGCUCGGUGGAUAGUCUCACGCGGGGCCCGGAACCUGGUCCUCCUCUCCUCACGCGGUGCUGCAGGGUGGCCAGAUGCUCUCAAGCUUAUUCAAGAGCUCGAAUGCACCGCUGGGGUCACAGUGCUCGCGCCAGCUUGUGACAUUGUCGACCAGAAAGCAGUCGAGGAGACGUUGCGCCAGGCAUCACGAGAGCUUCCACCGAUCAAAGGCUGCAUACAAGCCGCCAUGGUUCUCCGUGACGAUAUGCUGGCUAAGAUGUCUCAUUCGAUGUUCCUUGAAACGCUUGGUCCGAAGCGUGCUGGAUCAUGCAAUUUGCAUCAGCUCCUGCCCAAGGAUAUGGAUUUCUUCGUCCUGCUCUCACCAUUCUGUGGCAUCAUGGGCAAUCGCGGACAGAGCAACUACGCAGCAGGAAACGCAUUUGAAGAUGCUCUCGCACGGCAUCGUGUGGCACAAGGCCUCAAGAGCGUUUCUGUUGACCUGGUGCUUGUCGCCGAGGCCGGUUGGGCCAAUUUACUUGAUCUGCUCUGUGACCCCGGCUACGACUGCGCAAAGCCCGGGUCAGCCCAGGUCGUCAACAUGGUGGAUAGCGCGGCGGACCUGGCGCGCAUGACACAACAGGGGCUUUUGGAUUGGAUGCAGAAGCCCAUGUUCAGCAAUCUUCUCCGUAUGGGUGAGACAGAAGAUAUGAGCAGUGGUCGUGGGGCUGGUGGAGGCAAUGGCGAUGGAAGCGACGGCGUCAAUCGCCUGACCAUAGUGAAGGCAGCGCCUGAUCUGCCGACUGCCAGCGAGAUCGUGACCCAGGGUCUUGUUAAAAAGCUAGCCAAGUCCCUGUCUGUGCCGAUUGAAACGCUUGAUGUUGGGAAACCAGCUUACGUUGUUGGUGUUGAUUCAUUGAUGGCGGUUGAGGUGCGAUACUGGUUCAAGAAGCAGCUUCUCGUCGAGGUACCCGUGUUUGAGAUUCUCAAGAACCAGAGCCUCACGGAUUUGUGUCAGCAGGUGGCUUCCAAGGUUUUGCAAAGCAGCUCGAAGUAGACUUGCGUGUUUUCGGAUAGCUACUUAGAUGGUGAUAAGAGUAAUGUCGGUCGACUCAUUUCAAUCUCACAUCUCUUUCGAUGAUCUCAGUUGAGUGAAC